UAAUAAUGGUGUGGAGAGGAUGGCUAUAAGGGAAGACGGGAGGUCAUCAAUAAAAAAAAAACAAAAAAACAAUUUAUUACAUUUCUAAAGAAAACUGGAUUAUAUAAGAGAACAAUAGAGUAUUUUGGCACACACUCCAGAAGAGUAAAUGGUGAAAAUAUAUCUUAGAUGCCAACUGCCAAAAAAUCCAAGAAGAAGGCUCGAGUAGAGGUGCCAUUCAGAGUUAAGGUCUCAAUCCUCCCUGUAGUCUUCCCAGAGUUUCUUGGUUUAGUAAGUAGAGUUUUUGUUAUCUUUUUAAUAAAUCAGUUGACCUUUUUAUCUGAGUCUCACAAGUAUCUGCACUUUUGGGUUUCACAAUACAUCGAUUAUGAUAACUAUCUGCAGUUUAAAAAUGUAAAGAAAAAAUGAAGUUUUAAUGUGGCAAAUAUUUUAAGUUUCAACAAUAUUUUUGUGGAAAACAUGCUUUCAUUGAGCAGCAAAUACAAUACCAAAUGGGGCCUCUUCUAACAAAUGCAACUGCUGCAAAUAACAAUCUAUUAAAGGUCCCUUUGAGCUGAAUAGAACAUGUAGGAUAAAUGUGGGGGGCCUCUGAAGCAUGUUGCUCUGUCAGGAAUUUGAACAAAGGGGUCAUGUAUUCUUUUGGUGUGAGGUCAGGUAUAAAAGUAACCAGAGUGCAUGGAGAAAAUGUACAGUCCUUUUGAAGAACUGUUGGAACUGUAGGCAUGACCAUGGGCAAGAUCAUCUUCUAUGAGGACAGAAACUUUCAGGGUCGCUCCUAUGAGACCAGCAGCGACUGUCCUGACAUGUCCUCCUACCUGAGCAGAUGUCACUCCUGCAGGGUGGAGAGUGGCUGCUUCAUGGUUUAUGAUCGUACAAACUUCAUGGGAAACCAGUUCUUCGUGAGGAGAGGAGAGUACUCUGACUACCAGCGUAUGGGCAUGAGUGAUUGUAUCAGGUCUUGCCGCAUGAUCCCAAUGCACAGAGGCCAGUUUAGGAUGAGGAUCUACGAGAGGGAAGACUUUGGUGGUCAGAUGUAUGAAAUGAUGGACGACUGUGACAACAUCAUGGACCGCUACCGUAUGUCUGACUGCAUGUCCUGCAAUGUGAUGGACGGCCACUGGCUGAUGUAUGAGCAGCCCCACUACAGAGGCAGAAUGAUGUACCUGAGGCCUGGAGAGUACAGGAGCUUCAUGAACAUGGGCAUGAGUGGCAUGAGGUUCAUGAGCAUGAGGCGUAUCAUGGACUCCUGUAAUUAAACACUAGCAUUGAAACACAAUUUUUAACAAAAAUAAAGUGAUUAUCUUUUAAAUGAA